UCUAACAUGGACAAAGUGGUCAUCAGUCUCCUGCUUCUGGGAACCGCAGUUACGAUGGUCCAUGCAUGUCCCAAAUACUGUGUCUGCCAGAACCUGUCAGAGUCUCUGGGGACUCUGUGCCCCUCCAAAGGCCUGCUCUUCGUCCCUCUGGACAUCGACCGGCGAACUGUGGAGCUCCGGCUGGGCGGCAACUUCAUCCUAAAGGUCACCACUCAGGACUUUGCCAACAUGUCAGGUCUGGUGGAUCUCACCUUGUCCCGUAACACCAUAAGCGCCAUCCAGCCUUUCUCUUUCAUUGACCUGGAGACCCUGAGAUCCCUGCACCUCGACAGCAACAGGUUGACCGAACUGGGGCCCGAUGACCUCCGAGGUCUGAUCAACCUUCAGCACCUGAUCCUCAACAACAAUCAGCUGAAUCGGAUCUCUGAAUCAGCCUUCGAUGACCUGUUGCUGACACUGGAGGAUCUGGAUUUGUCGUACAACAACUUGCGCAGUGUGCCUUGGGAUGCCAUCCGCAAGAUGGUCAACCUCCAUCAAAUGAGUCUGGAUCAUAACCUCAUUUCCUCCAUCGCCGAGGGGACUUUUACAGAUCUGGAUAAACUGGCUCGCUUGGACCUCACCUCCAACCGCCUGCAGAAGCUCCCACCAGAUCCCAUCUUUGCACGAUCCCAAAGCAACAUUGUGAUGAGCACGCCGUAUGCUCCUCCGCUGUCUCUAAGCUUCGGUGGAAACCCGUUACACUGCAACUGCGAAGUGCUUUGGCUUCGAAGGCUGGAGCGCGAAGACGAUAUGGAAACCUGCGCUUCCCCCGCAAGUUUGAAGGGGCGCUACUUUUGGUCUGUUCGUGAGGAGGAAUUUGUUUGUGAGCCUCCGCUGAUCACGCAACAUACGCACAAGCUGCUAGUGCUGGAAGGCCAAACAGCUAGCCUGCGCUGCAAAGCAGUUGGUGAUCCGAUGCCGUCGGUGCAUUGGGUUGCUCCUGAUGACCGAUUGAUCAGCAAUUCCUCCAGAGCAACAGUAUAUGAAAAUGGCACCCUGGACAUUACCAUUACAACAUCCAAGGAUUAUGGUACAUUUACUUGCAUAGCUGCCAAUGCUGCUGGGGAGUCCACAGCCUCCAUAGAACUGUCCAUCAUUCAACUCCCCCACCUGAGCAACGGUACAAACCGUACCACACAGUCCAAGUCUGGGCUUUCUGACAUAACUAGCUCUACCAAGAUCAGUAAGGGAGAGACUAAAGCCCUGCCAGAGAAGGCGGUAUCUGUAUCAGAGGUGACCGCUAUCUCAGCUCUGGUCAAGUGGACUGUUAGCAAAGCAACUUCGAAGGUCAAAAUGUAUCAACUUCAGUACAAUUGCUCUGAGGAUGAAGUCCUCAUUUACAGGAUGAUUCCCGUGAAUAACCGAGCCUUCGUAGUCACAAAUCUUGUCCCCGGGAUGCAGUAUGAUUUAUGUGUCUUGGCCAUCUGGGAUGACACCGCCACCACCCUCACUGCCACUAACAUCGUCGGCUGUGUCCAGUUCAUCACCACCGAGGACUACCCGCAGUGCCAGUCUCUCCACAGUGGCUUCCUAGGUGGAACAAUGAUCCUGGUCAUUGGUGGCAUCAUCGUGGCCACGCUGCUGGUAUUUAUCAUCAUCCUCAUGGUGCGCUACAAGGUGACCAGUGGCAUCCAGACUAAUAAAUUACCCACUGUGAGUAAUACGUACUCGCAGACCAAUGGGGGGUUGAACAGGUUCAACGGUGCCCCGCCGCAGGUCAAGUCCACAGUGGUGGUCAUGCGCGAGGAAAUGGUAGAGUUCAAGUGCGGAUCCCUCCAGAGCAGCCUCUCUUCAUCCUCAUCCUCCUCUAAUUCAUUAGACAGCCAAACAGGAAGAGGGACUGGCGACCGAUACAGCAUGCAGGGCAGCGAAUGCAGCACUCUGCCCAGCAGCAAGUUCAGGAGGCACGGCGCCAAAGCACGGCCAAACCUGGACCACCUUUUAGGGGCCUUCACCUCACUGGAGCUGCGAGGGGUAGCGAGGGACCACCAAGGGGCUUCUGGCCCCUCAACCACUCCCAAUACUAUGAUGACAGUGGCUAUGGCACCCCUCUCCGACAAAGAGCCUCUGCUUGGAAGGGCUGAGUCCACCACCAUGCUCGGACGUCUACUAGGGAUGCCCCAGGAGGGUAAGCCCAAGAGGAGCCACUCGUUUGACAUGGGUCAUGUGGGGGCCACGCAGUGUCGCAGCAACUACCCUCGCAGGAUCAGUAAUAUCUGGACUAAGCGCAGUCUGUCUGUUAAUGGCAUGCUGCUGCAGUAUGAUGAAAGCGAGGACGAAAAGCCCCCUUUCGAAAGCGCCGAGUGGGUAAUGGAAAGCACAGUUUGAGUACAAUUAGGUAAACUGUGAGGUACA